AUGGGUACACCGCAUGGUUCGACCAUGUUCACAUCUCCCAUGGCUUUUUCCAUCGAUGAAUCCAAGUUGUGCUUUAAUAAAACACAUUUCAAUCGAGACGAUUUCAAUGUUGAAAGAUUUAUGAAUUUAGCUAGACAAAAAGCUGAUCUGAAAACUAUUCAACAAGACCUUCGUCUCUAUUUGAAAAGCGUUCAAAAUUCGAUGAUUGAGUUGAUUAACGAUGAUUAUGCAGAUUUCGUACAUUUAUCGUCAAACUUGGUCAGUCUGCAGGAAUCGCUAAAUAAAAUCGAGUUGGAUGUAAAUAGAAACUGGAAAGAAUUUGAGGAUUCUACAAAGGAAUCACUUGGAAUGGCAGAGAGGAUUGAGCAAAAAUGCAAUGAACUCAGUUCGAAUCGUGAGAAACAAGCAGAACUUCGUGAUCGAGUUGCUUUCUUGUGUGUCAUUGAAAAAUUAUCAGAAAUGCUGAGAAGACCGCCGAAAAGUUGUUCAGUGUUGUGGCUCCAGAAAGCUGCAAACUUCGUUGUCGAACUCAAAUCAACAUCUUUGUCGUACCAAUACUCUGAAGAAGAAAAGAAUGCAGAAGCUAUUGUUUUGUCAAAGCUGGACACCGUUCUAUGCGAAGAAGGCGUUCGUAGUGCGUCAACGGAUUGUCAAAAUCUUCCAUUAAUUCUUCCAAUCCUUACACUGACUGGAAACUCUCAUUCAUUGACCGCCCAUCUUGUUUCGGACCUUCUCUACCCCAAGUUUGUCGUUGAGGAUGAAAAGAAAAGUCAAUUAGAACGACUGGAGCAGGUUUAUCAAAAUGUUCAAAUGAUGCGCAACACAUGGGCAGAAAAACUAGGUCACCACUUUCGUGAGAAAAUUCGGAGCUUUCUGGAUGACACACUUCUUACUUUUGCCCUCACCUUCAUCGAUAAGUGCAUGGGGACUGUUGCUGUUCCAAGCGACACUCGUCUUUUCCAUCAAUGUUUCAUCGCCACUCAACGAUUCAUUAAUUCCUGGCCAUCAGCUCCAUCAUGCAGAACACUACUAAAAUCACUGAGAGACAAAUUCAAUUUAUUAGUCUAUUUCAAGUUGGAAACCCAUAAAUUCAAUAAGAAAAUCGAUCAGUUGCUUCUGCCGGAAAAGUUUGAAGUGUGCGACAAAAUCGAUGGAGAAGAUUUCCAUUUUGAAACUUCGAAAUCAAUUUUUGCUGCGAUUGAACAUGUUUGGAGUGAUGGGGUGUACUUAGAGCCGAUUGUCGACAAGCUAUGGGAUUUCACAUUGAGAAUGCUUUUAAAACAUUACAGUUGGAGUCAAUCUAUCAAAAAUUAUCUUGUCGAAGAAAAAAGAGAUUGGAUGUUGAUGCUUCUCCUACGAUCUGAUACUGAGAAACUACAUCAAGCAGUGUUUGAUCAUGCUCUAGAAACUAUGUGGGGCAAAUUACACGAUUUAUCUGUUGAUACCGCUCCAUUCGGACAGUGCCUGACGAAACAUGGAAGAGCAGUUGACACCUUUUGUGAGCAAUUGGAUGCAGACGUCUUGAGCUUUUUCUCCGACGCUCUUCAUCGAGAGUUAUCACAAGUUUCCGAUGUUCCUAAGCAGUAUAGAUGGACCAAACGGGCUCCACCCACAUCACAUUCGAAAUAUACUACAUCAGCAAUUGAGAUGAUAAAAAAUUUCCAAGAGGAAAUCGAAAAAGAAGAGCAUCCAAACGUAGAGAAAAUGAUCAAAGAUGUCAGUCAUACUGCAUUGUGCUAUUUCGUUGGAAAGGCUAAAGAGGUCCAAGAUGGAGUAGAAGCAACUGGUUCUUCUUUGUCUCGAUUCAAACGAAAAACAACUCCAGAAUCGGGGGCCAGUGUAUCGGACGAUGAUAAAAUCAAGUGUCAAAUCUACCACGACGCGAAAUUCCUACUGGAAAGUGCUGAAAGUCUUGGUGUGACGGCUGGCGAUGUUGAUGGAUUGAGAGGAGUCGUUGAUCGAUUCAAAAUUAAAAAAGAGAACGAAAGUGUCGUUCCUGUAGUGCAAACUGUAGCAGAAGCCGAGAAAGUGGGCAAUAAGAAUGAUGAUUUUUAG